GACACAUUAUGUUAAACAGACAAUUUAUCUGUCAAAAGAAUCUACAUAAUUAAUCCAGAGUAACACAAGAAAGAGGUGGUUCCAUCAUAAUAUAAAUGAUGACAAGACAGCAAUUGAAAAAUUCAGGGAAAAUUAUGAAGAAAACUUGCAUGCCCAAAAAUGACGUAACCGAAGAGGAAAUCGGACAAAUCGAACAAGGAAAGUUUCUAGAGCAACGUAACGUGAUGUGCUACAUCGCAUGCAUUUACACAGUUACUCAAGUUGUGAAAAACAAUAAAUUGAGCUAUGACGCUGUUAUAAAACAAGUAGACGUGAUGUUCCCGGCAGAGAUGAGACCCGCUGUCAAAGCUGCUGCUGAAAACUGCAAAGAUAUUUCAAAAACGUUCAAGGACAUUUGCGAAGCCUCAUACUGGACUGCUAAAUGUAUGUAUGAUUUCGAUCCAAAAAACUUCGUGUUUCCAUGAAUCAUACUUGUUUUAAUUAGUUGUGUAAUCGGUGUGUGAAAUAUAACAUGUUCAUGAAUUGUAA